UUAACAUACUCAAAGGUGGUUGUAAUUUACCCUAUUAAAAAAUACCCAAAAAGAAAUUAAAAAGAAUUCAAUAACAGAUAAUUCACUUCCUCCUCACACUCCACACAAAUUAAAAAAUGAGUUCUUCCCUUUCUCUUCUGCCUCUGUUUUCUCUCAUUUCCAUCUUCUCUCUUUCUUCCGCCUACUCCACCACCCUCUCCCUCUCACCCACCACCGCAUCGCCGCCGCCGCCCCUUGCCAAUCCAUGGCAGAGGCUCAACCACCUCUCCGCCGCGUCUUCCACCAGAGCCCACCUCCUCAAACACCCAAACACCAGCACUUCCGCCGCCGCCGCCACCAAAGCGCCACUGUUUCCCCGCGGCUACGGCGGAUACUCCAUCUCCCUCAGCUUCGGAACGCCGCCGCAGACACUGCCAUUCGUCAUGGACACCGGCAGCAGCCUCGUCUGGUUCCCAUGCACCCAGCGCUACGCCUGCAAUUCCUGCAACUUCGUGAACGUGAACCCUUCUAAUAUAUCAAUCUUCUUACCGAAAUCGUCUUCUUCCUCCAUGAUUAUCGGCUGCAAGAACCCCAAAUGCAGAUGGAUUUUUCCCGACGUCCAGUGCAAGAACUGCGACCAAAACUCAACCACCUGCAAAGAAUUCUGCCCGCCGUACAUAAUCCAGUACGGCUCAGGAUCGACGACUGGGCUACUUCUGUCUGAAACCCUAUUCUUCCCGGAAAAAUCGGUGGAAAAUUUCUUCGUCGGCUGCUCAAUUUUUUCAUCCCGGCAGCCGGCGGGGAUCGCCGGAUUCGGCCGCGGCCCGGAGUCCUUACCGGCUCAGAUGGGUCUUAAGAGAUUCUCUUACUGUCUCGUCUCCCACCGCUUCGACGACGAGCCGGUAAGUAGCGAUCUAGUUUUUGUCGGGGGGGGGGGCGCCGCCGGCGCCGCAGCCGGAGUUGAGUACACCCCGUUCCGCAAGAACCCAAAGUCUGCGAACCCCGCAUUCCAAGACUACUACUACGUUACGCUCCGGAAAAUCACGGUUGGCGGGGUCCACGUGAAGGCGCCGUACGAAUUCCUGGUGGCGGAUGCCGCCGGCGACGGCGGCACGAUAGUGGAUUCCGGCACCACCUUCACGUUCAUGGAGAGCCGGGUGUUCGAGCCGGUGGCGGAGGAGUUCGAGAAGCAGGUCGGCCGGAGAAAUUACAGCAGAGCCCGCGAAGUCGAAGAUCGGUCGGGAUUAAGGCCAUGUUUCAAUGUCUCCGGGGAGGGUUCCGUCAGCUUACCGGAAUUGUCGUUCCAUUUCAAAGGGGGUGCAGAAAUGGUUCUGCCGUUGGCGGAUUACUUCUCUUUCUUGGAUGAUUCGGUGAUUUGCAUGACUGUAGUGACGAACAAUUCGACCCGGGAGGGAAUCGGGCCGGGCCCUGCGAUUAUCUUGGGUAAUUAUCAGCAGCAGAAUUUUUACAUGGAGUAUGAUUUGGAAAAUGAGAGGCUUGGAUUCAAGAGACAAUUGUGCAAAUGAGGUUAAUUAAGGGAAAUUAGAUGCCACACUUUGUUAUUUAUACUCGAUGGAUUUGAACCGUAAAUUAACAUAUAAUUACAUACAGUUGUGUGUAUGUGUGUUUAGUGGAUAGUUAUUUAAUAAAUUCUACGGUUCAAAUCCACCAAGUAAAAUUAUCAGGUGUAGCAUUUAACUCACCGUUAAUUAACAUAUAUUUAGCAAUUCCUGUUUUGUGGUUUUGGAAUUGGGAAAUAAAUGCCCAUCACAAGAUAGCCAAAAUUGGGGUAAUAAAUGGAGUUAUGGUGGUACCAAAUGUGCCAAGGAAAAUGACAAAUGAUUUCGUCGUUGUGCUCAAUAUAUUUACCUUAUAC